AUGUCGUCGUCUGGUGCAGUUUCGCCUCGAAAUCGUCUAUCCAGAAAACUUUCUUCAUCAAAAAUUGCCAAGCAAUUAGCGGACCUAGAUCUUUCUUCGUCAGAGUAUACAGAUCGCGGCGAAACAGCUCGUCGAGAAGGUCGCUUUGUUUUCGAAUGUGCAUGGGAAGUCGUCAACAAAGUUGGCGGUAUAUACACCGUUCUGAGAACUAAAGCGGCAGUUACCACUUUGGAACUUGGUGAUCAAUAUUGUAUGUUGGGGCCAUAUAACGAAGAACGAGUUAGACUUGAGGUCGAAUUGCUGCAGCCAGAUACAGCGCCCAUGAAAUAUGCAAUGGAUCAAAUGAGUGACAUCGGAUUCAAGUUAUGGGAGUCUUGUCAAAUUGGAAUUCCAUGGAACGAUAGGGAAACAAACGAUGCAGUUAUACUUGGGUUUCUUGUCGCUAUUUUUAUCCAGAAGUAUAUUUACGCAGUAGAAGGAUUCGAGCCUUUGGUUGUGGCUCAUUUUCACGAAUGGCAGGCUGGUGUAGGAUUAAUUUUGUCUCGCUUCGCAAUUUGUAUCAGAUAUGCAUCUAAAAUUCUAGAUGAAGGAUACGUCUUGUGGAGGACGAACGUUGCCACUAUUUUUACAACACAUGCCACUUUACUGGGACGUUACCUAAGCGCUUCUGGAGCAGAUUUAUAUCACAAUCUUGAUAAGUUCGAUCUAGACAGGGAGGCUGGAACAAGACAAAUUUACCACAGAUAUUGCAUCGAAAGAGCGGCAGUAAACAUGGCUCAUAUAUUUACUACUGUUAGCGAAAUAACUGGCCUUGAAGCUUUUCAUUUACUGAAACGGAAACCCGACAUUGUAACACCGAAUGGCCUUAAUGUUGUCAAAUUUGCGGCUUUACACGAGUUCCAAAACUUGCAUGCUAUUUCAAAAGAAAAAAUCAACGAUUUUAUAAGGGGUCAUUUUUACGGACAUUACGAUUUUGAUUUGGAUAAAACGCUGUAUUUGUUUACUGCUGGUCGUUAUGAGUUUACCAAUAAAGGUGGUGAUUUCUUCAUCGAGGCGCUUGCCAGACUUAAUUAUUAUUUGCAGGUUGGUUUGGUUUUUUUAAUCUUCUGUAAAACUGGCCUGUAA